GACAACAUGGAAGCCAGUGGCAUGCCUGCUCUCGAACUGUGAGUCCGGGAGCAGCACAGUAACCGACAGUGCGCGAGUUGAGUGUCGAGUGCAGUGCCGCAGCGAUAAGGAAGGCGGCGUGCCUGCGCAACAGCUGUGCGCGCGGCACAUGUCAUCUGCCGCAAGAAGGCUGGUGGUGAGGUCUCCGCUCGCAGCCGUCCCCGCUCCGGCGUCCUAGCAUGCCGCCCCCGCCUCCCACGCCCCUGCCGCCUUGGGCAUGGCUCGCACUGGCCGUCCUCGCGGUCGUACAGGCGGGACCGGUGAUGCCACCGCUGGUGUUCGACGACCCGUGGGACGUGACGGGCGGGCGGCCGAGCUACGGGGUGCUGGCCAACGACAGCCGGUCGCAGCAGGCGCUGCUGGCGCCGCGCAACGCCACCCACGACCUGCCGCCCACGCCCUCGCCGGAGGACAUCGAGCGCGAGACGCGCCGCCAGUUCGAGAUGAUGAAGAUCAACUACACGCGGCUGCUGCAAGAGCUGGAGGAGGACAUGCAGAGCGGGCGCAACCUGCCACUACCGCGGCUCGUCGACAAGGCGCUGCGCCUCUUCAACCUGCGACAGGUCGUCCAGGAGGUCGAGACGAGCGUCAUGUCCAAGGUCUCCUGCACCGCCUGCAAGGCAGGUGCCGGACUGUUGCAGCACUAUAUCCGUAUGGGUAAAACGAGAGAUGAUAUCGUGAAGAUCACGAACCAGUUCUGCAUCAGCCUGAAGAUACAGACACCGCGCGUCUGCGAGGGCAUCACGGAGCUGUUUGGGGGUGAGGUGGUGUACGUGCUGCAGAGGGUGCAGCUCACGCCGGAGGAGAUCUGCAGCUUCGUGAUCGGCGACGCGUGCGGUGACGUGUACAACCCGUACCACGAGUGGAAAGUCGCCUUUCCGCCAGUCCCCAAACCGCCCGUCACGCCUCUCCCCGUUCCCGUCGCUGGUGCACCAACAUUUAAGGUGCUGCAUUUGUCAGACACUCACUUUGACCCAUACUACCAGGAAGGCACCAAUGCUGACUGCAAUGAACCAUUGUGUUGUCGGCUCACUAAUGGACCUGCACUGAAACCACAAGGUGCUGCAGGACGAUGGGGUGACUACCGAAAGUGUGACACCCCACAUCGCACAGUCGAUAAUAUGCUUCAGCACAUUUCCAGUGCUCAUCCGGACAUUGAUUAUAUACUGUGGACUGGUGAUUUACCUCCUCAUGAUGUUUGGAACCAAACAAGAGAAGAAAAUUUAAUGGUAUUAAAGGAAACUGUCAACCAGUUGUUAAAAACAUUUCCAGGAGUUCCAAUAUUUCCAGCAUUGGGUAAUCAUGAAAGUGCUCCAGUGAAUAGUUUCCCACCACCAUAUGUGCAUGAUGAUUUCUCAAUUUCAUGGCUCUAUGACGAAAUUGACAACCAGUGGCGACAGUGGUUGCCCUCAUCAGUAUCACAUACGGUUCGACGAGGUGCUUUUUACAGUGUGCUAGUACGACCUGGUUUUCGUGUGAUUUCCUUAAAUAUGAACUACUGCAAUAACAAGAAUUGGUGGCUACUACUAAACAGCACUGAUCCUGCAAAAGAGCUGCAAUGGUUCAUAUAUGAGCUACAGAGUGCAGAAUUUAAUGGAGAGAAAGUCCAUGUCAUUGGUCAUAUCCCUCCUGGACACAGUGACUGCCUGAAAGUUUGGAGUCGAAAUUAUUAUAAAAUAAUUAAUAGAUAUGAGUCAACAAUAACAGCACAGUUCUUUGGGCACACUCAUUUUGAUGAAUUUGAACUCUUUUAUGAUACAAAUGAACCUGGGCGUCCUACGAGUAUUGCAUAUAUAGGACCGUCAGUGACACCAUAUUAUAAUUUGAAUCCUGGAUACAGAAUAUAUUAUGUUGAUGGUGAUCAUCCAAAAACAACAAGGUCAGUCAUUGACCAUGAAACGUGGGUCAUGAACCUGAAGGAAGCUAACCUGUAUGAUUAUCCAAUAUGGUACAAGCUGUAUAGUACGAGGUCAGCAUAUCAAAUGCCAUCACUAACACCACAAGAAUGGGACAACUUUCUCAAUAAGUUGCCAACAGAUGCUGCUUUGUUUGAUCUCUAUUACAAGCAUUACUGGAAAAACUCACCUGUGAGGCCAUCAUGUGAUCCAGAAUGCAAGAAGCGCAUGGUGUGUGACCUGAAAUCAGGCAGAUCACAUGACCGUCGCAGUUUAUGCCAAGAGCUGGAAAGCCGUAUUGAUUCAACAACAAAAACAGGAUGGCGAGCAUGGCUCUACAAUGGCCUGGCCUUAUCGUACGUCAAUUAUUUGUUAGGUUUCUUCUGGGUGGGGGAUGCAGCAACAUCUAUCUCACCCUGAUUACUGGUGUUCAAGAUAGCAUGGGUUCUGGGAUACAGCAGGAAUACCGUAGGUUCAAUAAUUCACUUAUUUACUGUGGGUUAAAUUUUUGAAGAUAUUUAUUUCCAUCUAAUACAGCAUCUUUUUUUUUUAUCCUCCUGAAACAUAUCACUGACAUCAUGUUUUCAACAACUGCAAUGAAGUUGAAGUCUCCCUGCUGCAAGAUAUACUGGUGCUUGAGGUGAUGGUAGAAAUGCAGUUAUGGGUGAAGGAUGUCUGUUAUAAUGGCUAUUCCUUCUCUAGCAUAUCAAAUGCUAGGAUUUGGAUAGAUAAUCAGCAAUUUGCCAAUUAAUCUACAAAAAAGUGCAGUGCAAAGGAAGCUCAGUAAAAGUAAACCAUUGGCAGACAAACCUCCAAGCAUUUGUACCACACAUUUUGCUGUUUCUCAGGGACUACAUAGGAGGUAAUUUGUGAAUAAUCAAAACAUGCCUUUACAGUGAAUGUGCAUUGUGAUGACACAAAUAAAUUCUCUUUGUGAAACUUAUGUUUGUAGCUGAGCUGCAAUCAUCUGUCAGUUAAUGUGCAUCUCAAAAAGAAGAUACAUGCAAACACAUUUCUUGUGUUAUUAGUAGGAAAUAAUACUCAUGAACUAAAAUGUGUCAGUGAAACUGCACCAUACAUUUCAUUAGCAAUAUUACAAGUGCAAACAUGGAAGAACUAUUGUUGACAUUGUUCCACAAGGUGGAAGAAGGGAG